AUGGCUGGAAAGGGAGGUGAGGUUACGAAGGAUGUAGGUAUGUUGGAUAUUGCUGAGGUUGAAGAUCUGAAGUUCGAGUGCGAUCUUGGCUUGAACAAGGACAAGAACACCGAGUACCGAGUACUCCAAAAGAUACUUCACAAGUUCACCCAUGGUCCAUGGUCCAUGGUUCAUGAUCCACGGAGAAGCCUCCUGCAUGCUUCGGCUAGCUCGACCUGCAGGCAAAAGAAAGUUCUUUAUAUGCUUGUCAAUAUGACAGUGUCAUAUCGCGGAUUCUCGGAUUCAAGAAAUUCAGCUCUCAUCUACUCAAUACCAUCCUACCCCUGGAUUAUGCCAUUAUCCUGUUUUCUGGCAAAGAGCCGGUCCUUCGUAUUGCGGGUUCCUGGCGAUGAAAUCCCACUUUCUGUGCCACUCGCGGCCCGGGAGAAGCUUAGCACUUAUCUCUCCGUCUGA